AUGUUUCAACUUGAUAAUGGAAAAUAUAUUGUGAUAGUUGGAUUAUUAAAUAAUUUAAACUAUCUGUUAGACUUUUUGAAACAACAACAACAAAACCUAAAUGUUAAAAAUGAUUCAAUUGAAAAAUAUUCUGGUUUAUCUUAUGAAUUUAUCAACAAGCAUCCAUUAUUGAAAACUUUAAUUGAUUGGUAUCUGUUAAUCGAUGAAGAUGAUAGAAUAUGUGAUGAUAAACAUCGAUUAUUAAAAGAAUUUAUUAAUGCAAUUAUCUAUAAUUUAACUAAACCAAUUAAUCAUUUUCGAUACAGUGAUAGUAUUAAAGAUUUUGCAUUGUCUUUAUAUAUUUUGGGAGGCAAGCUUACAUAUGAAUUUGUGAGGUUAAAUUUACCGGGUUCUUUACCAAAUUUAACAAUGUUACAUUCAUUAAUUUCAAAUUCAAAUUUGAAGAUUUCUGAAGCGGAAUUUCGAUUUGAUGAACUUCAAAACAAAUUCAAAAAUCUUAAUUUUCAAUAUGCAUUUGGUUCCGAAGGCAUGACAAGUGUUAUUAAAAAAAUAAAAUAUGAUUCAAUAACAAACACUUUCGUUGGGUUUCCUACAACACUUGCUCAUGGAAUACCAAUUAAAGAACAUUACAAAACUGAUUCAUUUGAUAUACUUAAAUUAUGGUUUAGUUCGAUCGAAAAAUCGUCGUUAUUAAAUGUACAUAUGAUACAGCCAUUGCAAUCUUCAAGUCAGAACGUAAUUCCAAGUCCAUUUUUAUUAGCCGCAUACGGGACUAACACUACAACUACAGCUGAUGAUAUACUUCAAAGGUGGUGGUACUCAACUCGAAAUCAUAGUGUUACCCCCCUAGCAAAAGGUUAUGCACAACCCGAUAUAUUCAAUCAAUUUUCACAAAGAAAAAUAAGAAUAAUUGGUUUUUCUACUGAUGCAGAUGCAAAAUAUUUACACGCAAUGCGUUUGAUUAGUGGAUUCUUUGGUUCUAGUCCUAAUCUUCAACUUCAUCAACAUCCACUAGCUUUUAAAAUACAAACAACAUCACAAUGGCCUUGGUUUUUUUUACGAAAACAACAACUGUUGCUGUUUCUUCAAGAUGCAACACAUUUGGUGACUAAAUGGCGUAAUCGUUUAUUAUCAUCAACAGCUGAAUUGUGUAUUGGUAAUAAAGCUAUAUCAGUCAACCAUCUAUAUGAUAUUAUUGACAAUCCAGCAUUUACUAAAUUCGAUCAUUGUCUCACAAAAACCGACAUUGAUCCUAAAGAUCGUCAAAACUUUAACUCCUGUUUGAAAAUAACAAACAAUGGCCUUCUUCGAAUUUUAAGUGAGAAUGUAAACACCCAAGGAACAUUUAUCUAUCUUCAAAUGUUAAAAGUGAUCAUAGUAGCUUAUGUUGAAAAAGCAACAACAAUUACUGAGCGACUAAAAUCUGCCUGGCGUGUGGUUUUUCUAUGUCGGUUGUGGCCAGCAUAUAUGUCAGUAGAACUCAAUGCUCACAAUCUACUAUUCUUAGUUUUAGUUGUGAAAGAAAAGCAAUUACCACUAGAAGCAUUAAAUAUUUAUACUUUUAAUUCACAAGCUUGUGAGUCAAUCUUCAGAAAUAUCCGUGCAUUAAGUGGAAUUUACUCAACUGUUGUUAACUUUACGUAUAAACAGUUCCAUGAUCAAUCAGCUAACAAAUUAAUUUUUCCAGUUCAUUAUAAACAUCGUCAUGAUCGACAACCAUUAUCUAAAUCAAUUCAAGAUGAAAUCGAUCAAAUAGAUAUUGAACAACUAAUUGCUGAUGCAUAUGAUGAAGCUGUUACAAUAUAUAAUGAUUUAGAAGUAUUGGACAUAUUAGAACAAAAGCAUGUACUUGGUUUAAAUUCAUUAAGUGCAUAUAUAUUUGAACAUUUAAAUACGAAUUCUCAGAUGUACAAUUUCUCAUCUCAAGUAGAUAUCAUCAAUAGUGAAGAAUUUGAAUUAGCUGCUGAUAAUGAUGAAGACAUCAACAGUGACAAUUCUACUUAUGAAGAUUCUUCUUCGGAUAAUGAUCAUACUGAUGAUGAAGAGCAAGAAAUUACAACUGAAUUCAUUAAUACCACGAAAAGAGAGUUUUUUGGAACAAAAGUCUAUGAUACAAUAAAGCCUGAUGUACAAAACACUUAUUUUAAAGUUUUAAUUAACAAUCAAACAAAGUAUUUACAUAAACAGUCUGCUUGUUGGUUAUUAACAGAAGAAACAAUUAGACUUUCAAAUGAUAGACUUCUCAGAGUAAUGCAGAAUAG